AAGUUCCCACAGCCAGAGUGCACCUGCCUUCCCCACUCUUGCACCCCGUCAUGGUGGCUGCGUCUAUAUAAGCAUCGGGGUUGCAUGUUCAGACCAUCAUUCGCUUCUCACAAGAGCAACCAAAAACAUUCCUUACUAUUUUUGAGAGCAAAAAACAAAUUUGUGAUUUUUAUUUUUGAAAAAUAAUUUUUCGCAAAUCAGUUACAUUUUGCAAAAAAGUUUUUACUUGUUUUAUAUCUCGCGUUCAGUGUUGUGAAUCAAUUCCAAGAUGGCCGCCACCAUGAUGACCAUUAGCCACGUGCUUGACUGCGAGAACGAGUUGAACGAUAAUCUGUACAAUUUGAAAAUGUGCGGAAACAACAAGAAGAACAGCAUCUACAGGAUGAGAAAUAUUCUUAAACCAUUGAUGAAACUCAUCAAGAAGAGGACACAAUCUUGUAAGAAACUUCUUGCAAAAAAACAAAAAGUUGAACAACAAUUGGAUGUCUUCACUGAGGAAGUUGAUAAUCAAAACAAUUGCAACGAGGCACUUGAACAGAGACUAAAGGCCGAUUUAACCAAUGCUGAACAAAAUUCUGCCAUCACUGUUUGCCACGAGGGAAAGAUGACACUUGUUCCUGUUUCAAUUGUCGACUGUGUGCCAGUUCACUUUCUACAAACACAAGACGGUGAAUUCAUUUGGACAACAUUGCCAAUGCCAUCAUCAUUGCCAGUGAGUGAAUUUUUCUACAAGGAGACGACAAUCAUUACACAUCAACAAAUUGAAAUUCAAGUGGUCUGAUUUCAUCAUCGUCAACAACUGUCAUGUGGAUGACAGUCAACUUCAAUCAAUCCGAUUGACAAUCUUCAUCAUCAUCAUCCUCAUUCUGCAAAUUAUUUUUACCUGAGGUAUGAAAACGACUUUCAACGAGGAUGUCAUCGAAAACAGAAUAUAUUGUAUUUCUGAUAAACACUGUUAAACUGUGAUCGAUAGUUCGAUAAGUAGAUUUUUUUAUUGUUUUUCAAUUGCUCAAAUUUUGAGUAGAAAGGACAUAACAGGGUGUAAAAAAAAUUUAUAGUGAUUUAUAAUCACUCUUGUGAUAUUUGUACCUAUUAUAUUAUAGGAGAAAUUUUAAUUUAUUGAUAUAUAUUUGUGAUACUGGCUUUAAUCUGAUCGACUCUUGAGUCGAGAUGAAAAUUCACGUCUUCCAAUUUUUUGUGAAAAUAAAAAUUUUAUAUUACCUACAUAA